AUGGUCUCUACGCUCAUUCCUCCCAAGAUUGCCUCGCCCUCGGGCAUUGGUGCUUCGGCCGACGCAGCCCGCAUGCAGCGUGUCGUCUCCUUCUACGAGAGACUCCCUCGCGGUCCCGCUCCCGAGCACAAGCCUUCCGGCCUCCUCCAGAGAUACCAGCACCGCUACUUCAACGGCAAGAACCCUUCGGCCAUGCCCCUGGUUCACGUCAUUGGCACCAUGAUCCUCCUUGGUUACGCCCAGAACUACUACUUCCACUUGCGUCACCACAAGAACAACGCCCACUAA